CUGCCGAAUCUUCAGAGGGAAGUCGCCAGUCAGUUGCUCGACUGCAACAAGGAGCUUAGUGUGCUGCCGCCUGCUAUUACGGGCGAACCGUCAACGCACGUUCUGAACCUCGUCACCGACUUUUGCAAGGAUGUACGUGAUCACGUACAUGGGACGACGAUGACUGCGCGGCUCGUGCAGACUAACCGCCAGACGUAUGCGGCGUUCAAACGUGGAAUACGCUCGACUGCACCACGCUUCAUUCCCUAUCCGUCUGCACGUGAG